GUUGCUAGGGAACAUGUCAACAACCCUUGCAGUGUCAGUGUGGCGCUAAUGGAAAUCUCCUACACAACACUGCCACAUCAUUUGCGUUUACAUGCAAUUUCAUUGUCGUCGAUAUACCACAUCUGAACGGCAUGGCGUCGGUUAUACACUCUCAAAAGGGGAGCUCUAAUGACAGAUACACUUUCUCCAGUCGCCCUCGUCCUGUUCAGAACCGGACAAAGUACAGGCAACGUCUUGCUAACGAGGAGGAUGAGCCACCUAAUUAUGGAAACAUCAUGUACGACCGUCGGGUGGUCAGGGGGAAUACGUAUGCCCAGCACGUUUUGCCAUUGAAUGUCCAGCCAGACCCAGUGGAUCUCCAGCGGCAGCAGGAGGCUCGGAGAGGGGUCCUGGCUCGCAAGCGGGCCAAAGAGCACUUCCGGCCCAGAACCCCCCAGCCAGUGGAGGGAAGGAAGAACAUAGAUGUCCAGACAGAGUUGUAUCUGGAGGAGCUGUGUGAUCGGGCGCCAGAGACCAGUGUGGAGUGCCAGACAGAUGCCUUCCUGGACAAGCCAGCCACACCCCUCUUCAUCCCAGCCAAGACUGGCAAGGAUGUAGCCACACAGAUUCAGGAGGGAGAGCUGUUUGACUUUGACAUUGAGGUGCAGCCCAUGCUGGAGGUGCUGGUGGGUAAGACCAUGGAGCAGUCGCUGCUGGAGGUGAUGGAGGAGGAGGAGCUGGCCAGCCUGCGGCAGCAGCAGAGGGCCUUCCAGGAGCUGCGCAACGCCGAGCUGGUGGAGGUGCAGCGGCUGGAGGAGCAGGAGAGACGACACCGCCAGGAGAAGGACCGGCGUCUGCGUCAGCAGCAGGAGGUGCUAGACCACCAGCGGGAGGUGGCGGAGAAGGUGGCGGCCAGGGCCUUCGCCCAGCAGUACCUCACCGACCUGCUGCCCUCCGUCUUCACCUCCCUCCGGGAGCACGGCUUCUUCUACGACCCCGUGGAGAGAGAUCUGGAGACCUGCUUCCUGCCGUGGCUAAUGGACCAGAUGUCAGAGGACCUGGAGAAACGCGCCGCCUGCAGGACUCUUCUGGACAUGCUCAUCAGAGAUGUGGCUCAACAGAGGCUGGACCGUUUUCAGAACGUCAUCAACUGAGCGGCGAUAUGACCAGCUGGGGGUGCCGCUGCGCUAAAACAGAAGGACAGAAACGCCUGGAGAUUUUUUUUAAUGAAGCACUAAAUAUGAUUAUUAAAAAUUGUGACAGCAAGCAACAAUAAAAUAUAACGUCUACAUCAUAAUUUAAAAUUGAAUUAUUCCAUUGAUAGGCUAUAGUAAUUACAUGAAUAAAAACAGUUGUGUAAAGUGUGACAAACAGACUU